AUGCAUAAUAACAAUAAAUCAACGAAUCCUCAAAAAAUUGAAAUUAUACCAAAAUUCACUCUUCGAUCAAAACACAAUUUAUAUCAAGUACCUGUUGCAUAUAAAACUUGGGGCAAAUUGAAUGAAAACAAAGACAAUGUCAUGGUAAUAUGUCAUGCUUUUAGUGGUAGUGCUGAUGUAGAAGACUGGUGGGGUCCACUAAUUGGAAAAGGUAGAGCAUUUGAUCCAACAAGAUUUUUCAUAUUUUGCGCCAAUGUUUUGGGUUCACCAUAUGGGACUGCAUCACCUUUAACUAUAAAUCCUGAAACUGGGAAACCAUAUGGGCCAGAAUUCCCUCUCACAACUAUCAAUGAUGAUGUUCGACUUCAUAAAAUGGUGCUUGAUUCUUUAGGAGUAAAGCAGAUUGCAAUUUGUAUUGGUGGAUCAAUGGGUGGAAUGCAAGUACUUGAAUGGUCAUUUUUUGGUCCAGAAUAUGUCAAAAUUAUUGUUCCGAUUGCAACAUCUGCACGGCAUUCUGCUUGGUGUAUAAGUUGGGGCGAAGCUCAGAGACAAUCGAUCUACAGUGAUCCAAAAUAUCGCGAUGGAUUUUAUGAUCCAGAUGAGCCACCAACUACAGGACUUGCAGCUGCUCGUAUGGCAGCUUUAUUAACCUAUAGAUCACGUAAUUCAUUUGAAUCAAGAUUUGGUAGAAAUUAUCAUGACCCUACAAAAUUCCCUGCUGCUAAUACUACCGCCAGCUCUCCAAAAAUCAAACCUUCGACAUUAUCUGGUCAGGCUUUACUUAUUCAUAAUGAUGGUCAUCGCAGAGACAAAUUUGUUAAAAGAUUUGAUGCAAAUUGUUAUAUUAAUAUAACACGUAAAAUGGACACUCAUGAUAUUGCUUAUGGUAAACAUGGAAAAAUGGAAGACAUUUUAAAUAGUAUAAAACAACCUACUUUGGUCAUAGGAAUUAAAUCUGAUGGACUUUUUACAAUUUCUGAACAGUAUGAAUUAGCAGAUCAUAUUCCAAAUGCAGAAAUGAUUACAAUUGAAUCACCAGAUGGACAUGAUGGAUUCUUACUCGAAUUUGAUCAGAUGAACAAACACAUUCUUAAUUUUAUCAAGAAACAUUUAUCAACCAUUUAUAAAGAUGGAGGAGAGCAAGAAGAAGAAAAUUCAACAAUAGCUAGUGGUGAAAUAAUAGCCACAAAAAAUGGUUCGUUUGAUGGACCAGAGGUUGAAGAUAUAUUGAAAUGGUAA